UCCAAAUGCAUUGCACUGUCAUCCGUCCAUUUGAAAUCCCCACCCCAUCAUUCAUUCAUCCGUCCAUCGACAGUCACACACGCACUCACGCGAAGGCCAGUCGGUUGUCUGUCUGUCUGUCUGUCUGUCCAUCGCCAAGAUGAAUUCAUCACUCAUUGCAGAGCUACGCACAGAGAGAGAGAGAGAGAGGGUGGGUCUGUCGUGUAAGUCAGUAUGGCUAACGCUGCGGCAUGCACACCUGCAGGCGACUGUCUGACACAUAACUCCCUCUCUCUCUUUCUCUCGCUGCCGAGUGGCUACCUGUCUGUCUGUCUGUCUGUCUGUCUGUCUGUGGCUAUCGUGUGGUCUGUCUGUCUACUGCGGCGCGUCCACGCCGCCCUCCUGCCUCUCUCUGUCACUGUCGCUGCCUUUGCUGCUGUCGCUGGUCUGUCGGUGGUCGGCCAUGCGUGGGCGCUUGUUGCUCGGGUCGAGGCGCGACUGGGGAUUUCUUGGGCGGGGAGGGGGCGGGCUGGGCGGACACACAACCUCAUCAUCGUCACCAAACUGACACACGAGGUCAGCUUUUGUGAUGUCUGUCGUGUGUGGUAUCACCCACCUGUUGUUUGUCGAUGAGUUUGAUGACUUCCUUAUCGGUGGAGGCGUCCUGGUCUUGCUGUGCAUCGUCGUCUGGCUGGCACUCACACUCACACGGCUCCGAUGGCCGCACUCGCUUGAUGCGGGGCUGGCGCUGUGGGGCUCUGUGGCUGUUGGUGCGUGCGAGGGAUGUGUUGGUGGGGCGGCGACGGCUGCGGUUGUUGGCGGCGCGGCUGGGGGAGGGCGUCACGUCGUUGCGGCCGCGGCGAGUGGCCCUGGCGAACUCCUGCUCGAUCGACGGACAACUGACUCACAGUGUCACACAUACACACGAGAGAGACGUAGAGUGCAUAUGUGGGUGUGUGUGUCGGCUGGUGGCGUACUCACUUGGCGUUUGCGUGUUGCAUGGAGAAGCUGUGUCUGUUGCCGGCCUGGCUAAUGACCGGCAACAUCGAGUGGAGUGACUCAAGCUCCUGCACCGAAACAGACAGACAGACCGCAUAUACACUGAUGGAUUCAUGUGUGCAGCUGGCUGGUGUCAUGGUCACCUGCAGCAGUCGUGUGCAAGACGGCAGCGGCGCGAAUUUGACCUUGAUGCCCACUCUGAUCUGACGCUCACAAGCCGACAGCGCAUCCCUGAUUGAACACACACACACACACACACUCGUGGAUCUCUCCCAAGCUGUGUGUGUGGGUCUGCUUUGCUCACAUCUCCAAUGUGCUGUCGCCGACGGCAACGACCGUGUGAGGGGAGACCGACUUGAUCACCUUGUUGAACUUGCGCCUCUGCAUCAUGACGACAAACCGACACAGACACAUGGGUGUGUGUUGUGUGGGUGUUGUGUGGUGUGUCAGUUUUUGCCUUCCACUCAGUUAUCUUGACGUUGUCGAGUUGAGCCGACAGCAUCCUGACACACACACACACACACACACACGUGUGGACACACACCCAGUGAGCUGGUUGGAUGUGUGUGUGUGUGUGUGUGUUACUUGAUCUUGUGUUUGGUCAGGACUUGAAACAGGUUCGGCAUCCACCUCUGUGCCGACAGUGUCAGCCAAAGCUCCUCGGCAGCACUCACUAUCACAACCAUCACACCGUUGCCUACACGACACACACCAGACACAUGACAUCCUCCCUCCCUCCCCCCCUCCCUUUCUUUGUGUCUGUGAGUCUGUGUGUCUGUGAGGCUGACCGAUGAGUGUCUCGACCAGUCCAGUGGCCGCCGCGUCGAUCUUCGCUAUUAGCUCGACAUAGAGUGCCGGCAGCUGUUUGUCCCGCCAGUCGCCGCCGCCGAUGCACAUGCCGCCGCUGCCUCCGUUCCUCCGGCCCAGCAGACGCACCAGCACUGAACUCGGCAGCAACGUGUCAUCCCUGACAGAGAGACAGACACACACAAAGAGACACAUGUAUGAAAGCAUGAAUGACCGACGUCUGUCUCUCUGUCUCUCUCUCUCUCUCUCUGUGUGUGUGUGUGUGAGUGUGUGUGUGUCUCAAUCACCAGUCGAGGAUCCACAGUGUCGUCACGUUCUGCCCACCGCUGCUGUCUGAUGAGUCGCCAGCCGAUGACUCGUCGCCAGCCGGCGUCGACGACAU